AUGCCUAGAGAGAAUAGGGACAUUCUUACCGGUGGUAGGAAGUACGCACAAAAACAGGCCAAGAAACAUAGAGUCGAGGAAGUGGUGUUUGACAAGGAUGCCAGAGUGGAGUAUCUUACGGGAUUUCACAAGAGAAAGCUUGCGAGACAGAAACAUGCCAAGGAAUUCAUCGAAGAACAGGAAAGGAAGAAUAGGCUGGAGGAGAGAGCUAGAAUAAGGCAGGAGAGGAAGGACAAAGUGCAGCAGAGACUUCAGGAAUUACAACAGCUGAAAGAUGGAGGUCAGUUUGUGGUAUCUGAGUCUGAAUCCGAAGGAGAAAACGAUGAUGCUCCGGAUUCGUCUGUCACAGAUGAGGAGGUGAAAGACAACGAAGAUGAAGAGAGCGAGUGGACUGGGUUCUCCGAGGAUUUUAAGAAGAAAAAAAGUAGGGGAAUAUUGAAGCGCAAACAGGUGUAUGUCGCCACAGAUGCAAAUGCCCCGGUUGUGGGGGAAACAGUCGUAACUGUGGAGGCGAUAGACAACGGAAACCCAAUAGAGGAGCUUGCAGCCAUAGCGAAGGCCAACCAGGUUGACCUGACGAAGUCUGAGUCCGUGUUAAAUGACUCCCUGAAGCGUGCUAGGCAGUAUGCGAGAUUAGUGGUUGGUCACAACGAUUCUGAAGAGGAGAGUGAUACGGAUUCGAACAAGAGGCCUAAGAAGCCAAAGAAGAAGAAGUUUAGGUAUCUAAGCAAGAGCGAGAGAAAGACCAACCGGUUCAAGGAAAAGAGCAAGAAGAGAGCUCAAAGGGAUAGGGACUAA